GAAGGACAAGAGACCGGAUUUCCAAUGGCGUCUUUGGUGGCGUACGAUGAUUCAGAUUCGGAGGCUGAGCCCGAGCCUGUGGGAAGUCUGCAUGCUGCCGGCGAGAUGAAGGACACUUCUGAUAGGGCUGGACCUCGAGGGCAGGGUUUCGCACCUGGCAUACUGGACGUGACGGAAGGGGGCCCGCAGCCCACAGAGCACGGGUCUGAAGCGUCAGGCAGCCUUUGCCUCCCGCUGGCUGGGCUUGGGAGAAGUGAGUGGAGGGCUUGCCCCAGCCAGCGGCUGCAGUGGCCCAGACGGGAGCCUGGGGUCCCCUUCCCCCCCAGUGAGCCUCUUCACCCUUCCCCGUGGAGCAGCCACACUCCAGCAGGCUACGUGUCCCCGGCCGCUGCCUGCUUUAAGGGGGCAAAUCUUGCUCGGGAAAUCUGUGAUUGCCCUCAGCCGACUUUCUGUGUUCCAACCAGAUCUGAAGUCACAGGUGAAAACGGUAACUUGUCUCCGAGGAAGAGACACAAGGACAGUGUCGUGCCCUAUGUCCCGAAAAGACUGAGGCAGCUGCAAGCAGUAAAGACAGACACGGGCACCCGUGCCGGCGUGGAGCCCCAGGGCCCCUCUGUGGGGUGCGCCCCAGACCCGGCCCCGCUCGGUGUGACCUCCAGAGUGUCUGAGUUUAUCCGGCCGUACUUGGACAGUCCAUACAAGGGGACCAGGGUCCCCAGGAACGUACUCUUCCACCUGAGAGGCCACGGGGGCCCCGUCAACAGCACCCAGUGGUGCCCCGUCCCGUCGCAGAGCCACAUGCUUCUCUCAGCAUCUAUGGAUAAAACCUUCAAGGUGUGGGAUGCGGUGGACUCGGGGCGCUGCCUGCAGACCUACACCCUGCACACUGAGGCGGUGCGGGCGGCCCGCUGGUCUCCCUGUGGCCAGAGCAUCCUCAGUGGUGGCUUCGAUUUUGCCUUGCACUUAACGGACCUCGAAACAGGGACUCAGCUAUUUAAUGGUCAUAGUGACUUUAGAAUCACUGCCUUGAAAUUUCAUCCAAAAGAUCACAACCUUUUUGUCUGUGGAGGCUUCAGCUCUGAAAUAAAAGCUUGGGACGUAAGGACUGGCAAGGUGGUGAGAGGCUACAAGGCAACUGUCCAGCAGACCCUGGACAUCCUCUUCCUCCAUGAAGGCACUGAGUUUCUGAGCAGCACAGACGCGUCCAGCCGGGACUCUGCCGACCGCACCAUCAUCGCCUGGGACUUUCGGACCUCUGCCAAGAUCUCCAAUCAGAUUUUCCAUGAGAGAUACACCUGCCCCAGCCUCACCUUGCACCCACGGGAGCCUGUUUUCCUGGCACAGACCAACGGCAACUACCUGGCCCUCUUCUCUGCCGUGUGGCCCUACCGGAUGAGCAGACGGCGACGCUACGAGGGACACAAGGUGGAAGGCUACUCAGUGGGCUGUGAGUGCUCCCCUGAUGGGGACCUGCUGGUGACCGGCAGCGCCGAUGGCCGGGUCCUGCUAUACAGCUUUCGCACAGCCAGCCGGGCACACACGCUGCAGGGGCACACGCAGGCCUGUGUCGGCACCACCUUCCACCCCGUGCUGCCCUCUGUCCUUGCCACCUGCUCCUGGGAGGGGGACGUGAAGGUCUGGCACUGA